AUGACCACGGAUACUACAGACGCUCCUCCUCUGGGAAGAUACCUGGCUUCAACUGACAAGAACACCCGAGACAAGGCAAUUAAAAAUCUCGCGACUUUUCUUUCUGAUACCGAAAAUGAGAUACCAAAAGCUGAGAUGGCAAAAUUAUGGAAGGGCAUAUUCUAUUGUUUUUGGAUGUCGGACAAACCUUUGGUUCAGCAAGCACUUGCCUCCGAGCUAGCAGAACUCAUGUUGAUUAUCACAACAACCUCGUCUUCAUUGGCUUUCUUGAAUGGAUUCUGGGAGACUCUCUUUCGAGAGUGGAAUGGUAUAGACCGAUUGAGGAUGGAUAAAUAUUACAUGCUUGUCAGAAGAUUCGUUAAUGCAUCAUUUAGACUUCUCCUUCGAAAUGAUUGGGAACAAAAAAUUUGCGAGGAAUACAAUAAUAUUUUAACCCGUCAAGGAGGGCCACUUUGCCCGAAUGAUACCAAAGUGCCGACGAGCUUGGCCUAUCAUUUAUCAGAUAUCUAUCUUGAAGAGCUCGAUAAAGUUCUUGAGAGUAUUCCCAGCGCAUCCUCCUCUACUCCGAAAGUCCCGCUACUCCUCCUCCUUACACCUUUCAUUACGUUAUACGCGCGAACGCCGUCGACACCCAUAUUGAAGUAUCUGCACGCCACGCUCAUGGAACCUCUAUUAGCUGUCUUCACGUCUCCAGACGCUGAAGAUGAAACCCCACGUUCACGGAAGCGACCGAGACUUGAAUCGAACACAACACAGCCAAUAUACCCUCAUGUUAUCUCAGAUUGGUGUCGAGAAUCUUCCGCCCAUAGAGUCAAAAAUCAACUUCUUCGAAAGAUCUUCGAAGUGGCUAGCGAACCACAGACACGAGAUUCUAAUCGAAGAAAAAUGUAUGCUAUUUGGGAGAAAGUGAAGGACGAGGACGAGGACGAGGACAAUAAAGAUACUUGA